AUGUGGCAUCCGAUCUCGUGGACACCACGUGCCCAGUGGUCACCAAAGCACUUAAAGCUGGUCACUGUCUGCGUGCUGGUGCUCUUGAUAUCGCUCAGCUUUGCUUCAGGACAGAGCAGGCCAUUUAAACAUCAGAUAGACAACAGAAGUCCUGAGAUCGAUCCUUUUUGGUACGUGGGCCGUGGCGUUCGCCCCAUCGGUCGGUUUGGGAAGAGGCAGCUGAGAAGCAGCCGUGGCAGCCUGAGGCCUGUGAGCAGACAUCUGGAUUUCAUCUUGAACGCUUUGUGGGAGCAAAAAGUGUUGGACACAGAAGACAAUGACUGGUGA